UUCUUUGCAAAAUCGGUUAGAUUCAACUCUGUAUGCUAGUUUCUAGAUUUUUUUAGCACUUUUAUUUUGGGAGGAUUUAUCAUGUUAUGUAAAUAACUCGGACUAAACAGGAAUUUUAAACAAAUCACAGUGAUUUCAAUUUAUUGUGAUUCACACAUCUUUAAAGCUGUGUAACUAUGUGGAGAACCAUAUGUAGUGUAGUGAAGUUGCAGCCCUCCAGCUCAUCUCUACCGGAAGUGGUGAAGUGUUUAUGUACAGAACUCCCAGCACUCGCUGUUCACGUGGUGCACGCAUGAUGGUACAGUAAAGCGCGACACCUUUGAACGGUUUUAGAAUUAAUAUAAGGGUUAAGUGUUUUUAAUCCACGCCCCUCAGAUGUCCGUCGUGCAGUCAGAUGACCGCGGCUGGUUGUUGGACGCGUGUUCUUUUAUAAACGAGGGGUUUCGGCGGUGCUACAGUGUAAACAAGGGACACAUCAGGUGCUGGUUCAGGAAGCGCUACUUUGAGAUCCUGAAGCCUCAUAUAGUGAGCCAGUCCAGCACGGAGUGUGCGCGCGCUGCCUCUCACACAGACACACACAGCCAUGAGGCUGGAGACAUCAGAACUGAGCUGAAGACAACACGAAAGAAACGGAAGCGUAAACGAAGUGAGCUGAAUCAGGGUGAAUUAGAUGCCAAAGUACACCAUGAAAAGGUCAGGUUGUUGGUUCUGGAGGGCACUCAGUCUCUAUUGGAAGCUGGGCAUCACUGUGGUUAUCUGACAGAAGAUUUAAAUGCAGUGCCAAUUAAACAAAUGCCUGUUCACGAGUGCCAGCUGGCUGCACUAUGUGACAUGGCCAAGCAGCUGCUUAACAUGGAGAAUUCUGAUGCCCCACACGUGCAGGCUGUUAAUGGCCAUGCAGACUUGGAUGCACACCUUGAUCUGUUCUCCUGCCUCACAGAAAAUCCAGAUGACUGUGCCCGUGAGGUAACACUAAUGGGAGAAACUUAUUUCCUUCCUCCUCGCUGCCGUUUCCUGUUGUCUGACAUCACAUGUUUACAACCGCUUGUUCGCAGUGGGGAUAAAUAUGACCUAAUAGUUCUUGAUCCACCAUGGGAAAACAAAUCUGUGAAAAGGAGCAAUAGGUACAGUUUUUUGCCAUCCUCUCAGCUUAAACAACUUCCUGUGCCAGUGUUGAGUACCGUAGGAUGUGUGGUGGUUACUUGGGUAACCAAUCGUCCUCGUCAUCUCCGGUUUGUCAGGGAGGAGCUUUAUCCUCACUGGGGAGUGAAGCUGCUGGCAGAGUGGCUCUGGGUGAAGGUGACAAAGAAAGGGGAGUUAGUGUUCCCUUUAGAUUCGCCACACAAGAAACCUUAUGAAGUGUUACUGCUUGGAAGGUUCUGCCCUAACAGUGACUAUGCAACUAGAUCUGAAGUGUGUGAGAUCCCAGAUCGACGGCUCAUAAUCAGCAUUCCCUCAGCACUGCACUCUCAGAAGCCAGCUCUGUCAGAUGUGCUGAAGCCGUACAUUAGACCUAAUGCUAAGUGUUUGGAAAUGUUUGCUCGGAGUCUCCAGCCUGAUUGGACGAGCUGGGGAAAUGAGGUCAUCAAAUUCCAGCACCACAGCUAUUUUACUACAGAGAGUUUGGAGUGUACACAAGACACAUUUACUGAGAAAACAGAUGCAGAUCGACAGGUGGACUGUAAAGUAUCAUCUUCUGGUCUGUAAAUCGACGAACAAUUUUAGAAAUUUAAACCGUUUAUAUUUAUUUUUAUUCAUGGAAAUUAGCGUGAUAUUAAACAAUUUUUGUACAAUGC